AUGGGAGAAAUCAACACCAGCGACCCAGAAGUACAAAGGCUCACAAAGGACAUUGACAUCGUAUGGAACAGCGAACCGGGAUUCAAAGAGCUUGCCUACAGCCGUGUCUUUAAUUUCAGAAGACAGGACAGGUUGCCAGUGGCAGUUGUCAAAGUGCACAGCGAGGCAGAUAUCGUAAACGCUGUGAAAUUGGCCAAUGUUUUGGAUGUGAAGAUCUCUGUGAUUUCCGGUGGCCACAGCUGGCCCGUUUGGUGUGUUCGUGAUGGUGCCAUCUUACUUGAUUUGGGAGACUACAAGGAAAUCGAUUACAACGAAGAUACUGAGACGGUUACCGCCACAACAAGUGUCACUGGAGGAAUUUUAACCAAAGCAUUAGCUCCUAAGGGAAGAUUUUUUCCCGGAGGUCAUUGCCCUGAUGUGGGAAUUGGUGGGUUCUUGCUUCAAGGUGGAAUGGGUUGGGGUUGUAGAGGCUGGGGCUGGGCAUGUCAAAGGAUCCAAUCGAUAAAGGUUGUGCUUGCCGAUGGUCAAUUGGUGACAUGUAGCCGGACUGAGAAUUCUGAUUUGUUUUGGUUGGCUAGAGGCUCCGGACCGGGAUUCCCAGGUGUGGUAGUAAACUUCGAAUUAAAAACCCUCCCUAUUAAGCGCAUUUUCAAGUCGGUCUACGUUUACCCUGCCAACAAAUUCAAGGAGGUGCUCUCUUGGGUUUCGAAAACUUCGCCAUCUGCUGAUGAGGACGUGGAAACAGUUGUUGUGUCCAAACGCGAUCCUAAGACCAAUGAAGUAAAUGUCAUUGCACUUCUUAUAGCCUACAAGGAUACUAAGGAGGAAUGCUUGGAGCAAUUGGAUAUUUUCCAUUCAACUAAGAUUUCAGGAUCAAUUUUUGAGACUUACGGAGAAGAAACUUCCAUCACCGACGAAUACAAGGAUCAGGCUGCCAAUCAUCCAAAGGAACACUACUAUCGUGCUGAAAAUGUGUUCUUGGAUUCAGAAUCAGAUCCGGCGGAGGUUUUGGAGUCGACCUUCACCACCAUUCCCAACGAGAAUACAUACUGUCUCUAUAAUUCCUUGGAACCCUUGGUUCCAUUGGAGGAUAUGGCCGUGACCAUGAGAUCGAAUCAUUACAUUGUUGUUUACACGAUUGCUGCCGACGAGAAGCAGGACCAGAUCAAUGGUGAAUGGUUGUCUGACAAGUUUGAUGUGUUGAAGAAGCAUAGUGUGGGCUCAUACUUGGGAGAUUCCGAUUUUCAGAAGCGUAUUACUGAUUUCUGGUCCCCAGAAGCACACAAAAGGGUUAUUGAAUUAAGGGCCAAGUUUGAUCCUAAGAGAAGAAUAUGUGGAUUCUUGCAAGGUUCGGACGAGAGUAAGAACAAUGACAUUUAG